UCUUCUCCCUGCUGCUUGUCACACUGAUCUGUACACUCUCAACUGGACUUGGGGCUACUACUUGUUGUAUCUGAAAGGCUGAAACUCACUGGGAGUAAAGAAUUAUUGUAACAAUGCCGGAACCCACCAAGAAAGCUGAGAAUGAAACGGAAGCAGAAAGCACACCCCCUCCAGAACAAAAAGCACCAAAAGAGGGUGAAACUGGACAGGCUAAAGAUGAAGAUGAAACCUCUUCUGUUAGUCCUCCACCAGCAGAUGGGACUACACAGCGGGGACAGAGAAAAGAUUCAGUAUGGUCUGAAGGAACUCCAGAUGAAACAGAGAAGUGCGAUGAUUCUCAGAGAUCCACAUUAUUUGUUGAAAAACCACAGGGUGGUACAGUAAGGGUUGGGGGGAAUAUUACAUUUGUAGCCAAAGUAGAAGCCAAAGAUCUUCUUCGAAAGCCAAAUGUUAAGUGGUUCAAAGGUAAAUGGAUGGAUCUAGCCAGUAAAGCAGGAAAACACCUUCAGCUGAAGGAGACAUUUGAACGUCAAACCAAGAUUUACACAUUUGAGAUGCAAAUCAUUCAAGCCAAGGAAAAUUAUGCUGGGAACUACCGAUGUGAAGUAACAUAUAAGGAUAAAUUUGAUAGCUGCACUUUUGAUCUUGAAGUCCAUGAAUCUUCUCAGGCUGCUCCAUCCCUUGACAUCCGAUCUGCUUUCAAAAGAAGCGGUGAAGGACAAGACGAUGCAGGAGAACUUGACUUUAGUGGUCUCCUGAAACGUAGGGAGAUUAAACAAGAGGAAGAGCCUGAGAUAGAUGUGUGGGAGCUCCUGAAGAAUGCCAAUCCCAAUGAGUAUGAGAAGAUUGCGUUUCAGUAUGGUAUCACUGAUCUGAGAGGCAUGCUAAAACGUCUGAAGCGCAUGAAGAGGGAAGUGAAGAAGAGUGCAGCUUUUGCCAAAGUUCUAGAUCCCGCAUAUCAAGUGGACAAAGGAGGUAGAGUAAGGUUUGUUGUGGAGCUGGCAGAUCCAACAGUGGAGCUGAAGUGGUAUAAAAACGGCCAAGAAAUCCGACCAAGUACAAAAUAUAUUUUUGAGCACAAAGGUAACGAGAGAAUUUUAUUCAUCAAUAACUGCUCACUGACUGAUGACGCCCGCUACCACGUGACAGCCGGUGAUGAGAAAUGUUCUACAGAACUGUUUGUACGAGAGCCGCCAAUAUUGGUGACCAGAUCCCUGGAAGAUACGAAUACCUAUGUUGGUGAAAGAGUAGAAUUAGUCUGUGAAGUAUCUGAAGAAGAUGCAAAUGUGAAAUGGUUUAAGAAUGGAGUGGAGCUGGGCAAUGAACCUAGAUCUCGCUACCGACUUAAAGUUGAGGGUAAAAAACACACUCUGAUCAUAGAAGAAGCUACAAAAGCUGACACUGCAACUUAUUCAGUAAUGACAACUGGAGGACAAUCAGCUGCUAAGCUUUCAGUUGAUUUGAGACCACUGAAAAUAAUACAUCCACUAGAAGACCAGACUGUAAGGCUUGGGCAAGAUAUCAACAUGAAGUGUGAAAUAUCUGAGAACAUACCAGGGAAGUGGUACAGAAAUGGUCAACCUCUUCAACCUAGUGACCGUGUAAAAAUAUAUCACAAGGGAAGAAUCCACAGGUUGACUGUAUCAAACUCCCUUGUUGAAGAUGAGGGUGAAUACACUUUUGUACCAGAUGCCUAUAAAAUUGACAUACCAUGUAAAGUUCAUAUUGUAGAUCCACCUAAACUCCAUCUGGAAGGUCUUGGUGAAAAUAACACAGUAACAGUUGUAGCAGGAAAUAAAUUACGACUUGAGAUCCCAGUCUCUGGAGAGCCAACUCCAAAAGUUAUGUGGAGUAAAGGGGAAAAGUGGAUCACAGACAGUGGCAGAAUACGAUCAGAAACUUAUCCAGAUAACAGCUGUUUGGUAAUUGAUAUAGCUGAGAGGGAUGACUCAGGUCCCUACAGAAUAACGCUAAAGAAUGAGGCUGGAGAAGACAGCGCUCUAAUCAACAUCAAAGUGGUUGAUAUACCUGACCCUCCACAAGCACCAGAUGUGACUGAAAUAGGUGAAGAUUGGUGUGUUAUGAAUUGGGAACCUCCAGCCUAUGAUGGAGGCUCUCCUAUCUUAGGAUAUUUCAUUGAAAGGAAAAAGAAACAAAGCUCCAGGUGGAUGAGACUUAAUUUUGAACUAAUUAAAGAAACAACUUUUGAACCAAAGAAGAUGAUUGAAGGUGUUGCUUAUGAGGUCCGUGUAUUUGCUGUUAAUGCAGUUGGAACUUCCAAACCAAGUCUGCCUUCAAAGCCUUUUACUCCCUUAGCUGUUACCAGUCCACCAACGAUGCUGGCUGUUGAUGGAGUAACUGAUUCUACAGUGACAAUGAAAUGGCGGCCACCAGACCAUAUUGGAGCAGCAGGUUUAGAUGGCUAUAUUGUAGAGUACUGCUUUGAAGGAACGGAAGAGUGGAUAGUUGCCAACCCAGAAAUGACAGACAAAACAAGGUUCACCAUCACUGACCUGCCAACUGAAUCGAAGAUCUUUGUAAGAGUAAAAGCGGUGAAUGCUGCUGGUGAAAGUGACCCUAGGUUACACCCACAGCCCAUUUUAGUCAAACAAGUUAUAGAACCUCCAAAGAUUCGUCUACCAAGGCACUUAAAGCAAACUUAUAUUCGAAGGGUUGGAGAAGCUGUGAAUCUUGUUAUUCCUUUCCAGGGAAAACCAAAGGCAAGGGUAUCUUGGAAGAAAAAUGGUGCUUCCGUAGACAAGAAUGAUAUCAAUAUCCGCAACAGUGAAAACGACACUAUCAUCUUUAUCCGAAAGGCAGAGAGAUGCCAUUCUGGAAUUUACGUUCUGAAAGUGAAAGUAGAAAACUUGGUGGACAAAGCUACAAUAGAUAUUCAAAUAGUUGAUCGCCCAGGACCACCAGAGAUUGUAAAGAUUGAUGAUGUGUGGGGAGAAAAUGUUGCCUUAUCUUGGCAGCCGCCAAAAGAUAAUGGCAAUGCUGCCAUUACUGGAUAUACAAUUCAAAAAGCAGAUAAGAAGAGCAUGGAAUGGUUUACUGUAAUUGAACACUGGAACCGAACCAAUGCCACCAUUACUGAACUCAUCAUAGGAAAUGAAUACUAUUUCCGGAUCUUCUCUGAAAACAUGUGUGGCCUCAGUGAUGAUGCAACAAUGACCAGAGAGAGUGCUGUGAUUGCAAAGGAUGGUAAAGUCUACAAAAAUCCAGUUUAUGAAGACUUUGAUUUCACGGAAGCACCUAUGUUUACUCAGCCUUUAAUUAACACAUAUGCUGUAGCUGGUUAUAAUGCUACUUUGAACUGCAGUGUCAGAGGAAACCCUAAGCCUAAAAUAAGCUGGAUGAAAAACAAAGUGGUUAUACUGAAUGACCCAAGAUACAGAAUGUUUAGUAACCAAGGUGUCUGUACCUUGGAUAUCCGCAAACCUAGCCCUUAUGAUGGAGGCACUUACACUUGCAAAGCAGUCAAUCAACUUGGGGAAGCAGAAGUUGAUUGCAAACUGGAAGUGAAAGGUGGACUUUCAUUCUUCAAGCUGUUAAUGGAUGGGGUGCCACCGCAUAUCAUUGAUUCAUAUAUGCGAGAAGUGCAAGCAGGCAAACCUGAGUGACAGUGAGAGUCCACCCACAGUGCUUCCCUGCCGCUGCACUGGAGACUGGUAGCCAGCAUUACAACAUUUUAAUUCUUGCAAUGGCAGCACAAGUGGGCGGUUGUUUUUGAUGUUGCGUUUGUUUUCCCUACCUGCUGCAGUAAAGAGAAAAAUUAUGCAUGGGUUGUUUCUGGGUUGAAAUUAAAUAACUAAAGCCAACACACACUUUGUAAUGUUCAGCAUUGUUUCCUGUUUGAUAUUAUGUUUGUUUUUUAAUGAGGAAAGAGAAAAGCUUUGUAAUAAGCAUGAGAAGACAAUCAUAGUUUAUUCUCAAUAGUGCAAGGCAUAUUGUUGUUAGAGUGACAGUAUACUGAGCAACCAAUGGCAAUGCAAUAGGGCCUUGACAUAUACCUCUUUUGAUAAUGGAACUUAAUCAUCUAACAGUAGCUUAACAGAAUACUGUUUCAUUAUAAAGUGUUUAAUAUACAUGUACUUAAUGGUCAUUUCAGUUGAAAAAAAAUUCAUUUGUUAUGACUCGCCCAUAAAUCAAGUCUCUCAACUGAAAUUAAAGUGUUUUAUUUAAUGUACAAUAAAAAUUAAGUGUUUAAACUGUA